AUGCCGCCAAUGCCAUGGAGCGACGCUGCGACUGGGACAGUUUGGUGCCAGUCGGCUCCACUUCAGUAUGACCCCAGGUGCAGAUGCUGCUGGUUUCUGGUCCAGCAGCUCUGCCAGCUGAGCUCCGAGAAGGAUCAGCUGCUUCACGAGCUUCGACGUGACAACCAUGCCCGGUGGGCCGAGACCCAGAUGCUGCAAAACGCAUGCAUCAGCCUGCACAGCGAGAACAUUGCGCUGUGGCAAGACUCUGAAACGGCGCUCAGGUGCAGCAAUCUCCGUUGUCAAAACAAUGCCCUUUGGACUGGCAGUGAGAGGUGGCACAACAAGUGCCGCAAUAUUCGCCGUGACAAAGAGAAGCUGAGUAAAAAGUUACGCAUCCUGGAGGAGCAGGCGUUUCAGGCCAAGCAUUGCCCCGACAUGAAGCAACUUGACAGCAAGAUAUGUCAAGCUUUUCCGGACUUACAGGUAUAUCUGCCUCCAAGAUGUAGUGAAUGUAGCGUCUAUUGA